AUGUUGAGGAUCAACCCUAAAAGGAAUCCAAAGAUGUAAUUAUACCGGCUCUCGGAGUCCGAUUGAUAUAGCAAGGUUAAGUAGAUAUUUCAUGCGCACGGAACAAUUGUAAGACAUGCUUCCCUAAUCAGCCACUCACUAAUUUUACAACCUAAAAUACUAUAUAAAUUAAAGCAAUUCUUGGAAAUUUCAAUUCUUUUUAAAUAUUUGAAAGUAUUAUCUUUUAACCAUUCUAUCUUUUAUAACAUUUGCAUCUAAGGAAAUAUGCCAGAAGUACAAUCUAUAAUUAAUCCAAAAGUCGGUCCAUUACCAAGACCAACCCCACCUACCAAAACCAAUGUGAUGGACUUGUUUUCAUUAAGAGGUAAAGUUGCCUCAGUCACUGGGUCUUCCAGUGGGAUUGGUUUUGCAGUGGCUGAAGCCUAUGCCCAAUCUGGUGCAGACGUUGCCAUUUGGUACAAUUCCCAUCCAGCAGAGGAAAAAGCCGAGUACUUAUCCAAGGAGUAUAAUGUCAAGGCCAGAGCUUAUAAAUGUAACGUUUCUGAUCCAAAUGAUGUUGAGCGAGUCAUUUACCAAAUUGAAAAAGAUUUUGGUACCAUUGACAUUUUUGUUGCAAAUGCUGGUGUCCCUUGGACUGAAGGUGAAUGUAUUGAUGUUAAAGGUUGGGAUAGUUGGAAAAAAGUUAUUGAUUGUGAUUUAAACGGGGUUUACUAUUGUGCUAAACCAGUUGGUCAAAUCUUUAAGAGAAAGGGUAAAGGUUCUUUGAUUAUAACUGCCUCAAUGUCUGGUCAUAUAGUCAACGUUCCUCAAUUGCAAGCUCCUUAUAAUGCAGCCAAAGCCGCCUGUAUUCAUUUGGCCAAAUCCUUGGCUGUUGAAUGGGCUCCUUUUGCUAGAGUCAACACUGUCAGUCCUGGUUAUAUUGCAACUGAAUUAUCCGAUUUUGUUCCAGAAGAUCAAAAAAAUAAAUGGUACCAAUUAAUUCCUUUAGGUAGAGAAGGUGAAACUAAAGAAUUGGUUGGUGCUUACUUAUACUUUGCAUCAGAUGCAUCUUCUUACACUACCGGUACUGACCUUUUGGUUGAUGGUGGAUACUGUGCUCCAUAAUCAAAUCACUUUUUUUUUUAAAAAAAAAUUUUACAUUUUUAGUUCGUUCUUGUCUAUAUAUACUUCAUAUUUAGAUUUAUUUAGUUAAUGCAUCGGUUC